AUGCAGACCCCUGAAGCUGGCGCAGACUCCACCUCCACCGUCCCUAUUCAGACCAACGUGCCUGUCCAGCCUGCCAGCUCCACCCAGCAGCUGCCUGUCCAGCAACAGGUACCCCAGACACAGACUGUUCAACAGGUCCAGCAUGUUUACCCACCGCAGGUGCAGUACGUAGAGGAAAACAGUGGCGUUUAUACCAACGGCAACAUAAGAAGCUACUCUUACUCUGAGCCACAGCUGUACAGCCAGAACAGCGGCGGGAGUUACUUCGACACGCAGGGGAGCUCAUCCCAAGUGUCCACGGUGGUUACUUCCCAUGGUAUGGGCAAUAACGGUGGUGGGGCUAGCGGGGGCAUGAGUAUGGGCCUGGCAGGAGGUCAGGUAAUCGGCAGUGGUUCUACGGCCUACCUCAUGGACAACGCCAGCGCCCACCCUACUGCCCAGACUGCAAGGGCCUCCCCAGCAACUAUUGAAAUGGCGAUUGAGACGCUCCAAAAAUCUGAGGGUUUAUCCAGUCAGAGAAGCUCGCUGCUCAACAGCCAUCUACAGUGGCUGCUGGACAACUAUGAAACGGCAGAGGGUGUGAGUCUACCACGAUCCACCCUUUACAAUCACUACCUGCGCCACUGCCAGGAGCAGAAGCUAGACCCUGUAAAUGCAGCCUCCUUUGGCAAACUCAUCCGCUCCAUCUUCAUGGGACUCCGCACGAGGCGCCUCGGAACAAGGGGGAACUCCAAAUAUCAUUACUAUGGUAUACGUGUAAAGCCUGACUCCCCGCUCAACAGACUCCAAGAGGACAUGCAGUACAUGGCCCUCAGACAGCAGCCCGUUCAACAGAAACAGAGGUUCAAACCGGUACAGAAGUUUGACACCAGCCCCACAGAGAACUACUCAGGUGGCGGCCACAACCAACCAGGGGCAGCAGAGCAGACUGUCAUCGCACAGAGUCAGCACCAUCAGCAGUUCUUAGACGCAUCACGGGCACUCCCCAACUUUGCUGAGCUGGACCUGGGGCAGAACAAUCCAGAGAACAUCAGCCCAGAGGACAUCAAGGCUCUCCAGUCACUUUACAGGGAGCAUUGUGAGGCCAUCCUAGACGUAGUCAUCAACCUGCAAUUUAGUCUCAUCGAGAAGCUUUGGCAAACAUUCUGGCGAUAUACUCCUCUCAACUCUGUAGGGGGCGCCCCCGUAACAGAAAACAGCAGUGUAAGUGAGAUUGAAGCCAGACUACCGCAGUUGCGGCUGCUGGCACUGUGCAGACACGAAGCUGUGCUCAAGUGGAUGAGCACCUGCGACCAUCUGAUGUACCAGGCUCUCGUGGAGAUCCUCAUCCCUGAUGUCCUGAGACCCAUUCCCAGUGCCUUGACUCAAGCCAUUCGCAAUUUUGCCAAAAGCCUGGAAAGUUGGCUCAAUAAUGCCAUGAAUGCGAUUCCACAGAGAAUGAUCCAGACCAAGGUUGCUGCUGUUAGUGCCUUUGCGCAAACACUACGCAGAUACACAUCACUGAACCACCUGGCUCAGGCGGCACGCGCCGUAUUGCAAAACACGUCUCAAAUCAACCAGAUGCUUAGCGACCUCAACCGUGUCGACUUUGCCAACGUACAAGAGCAAGCGUCGUGGGUGUGCCAGUGCGAGGAGGGCAUGGUUCAGCAUUUGGAGCAGGAUUUCAAAGCUACCCUACAGCAGCAAAGCUCUCUAGAGCAGUGGGCGGCCUGGUUAGACAACGUGGUCACGCAAGUGCUGAAGCCCUACGAGCAGCGGUCCAGCUUCCCAAAGGCUGCCCGGCAGUUUCUACUCAAAUGGUCCUUUUACAGUUCGAUGGUCAUCAGGGACCUGACCCUGCGCAGUGCUGCCAGCUUUGGUUCUUUUCACCUGAUCCGCCUGCUCUACGAUGAAUACAUGUUCUACCUAGUAGAGCACCGGGUGGCCCAAGCUACCGGAGAGACGCCGAUUGGCGUCAUGGGCGAGUUUGACAGCCUGAAUAGCCUUUCGCUAACAAACAUCGAUAAAGAUGAAACAAGUGGCAUGGACAGCGAUUUAGACGAAGAGCCCGAGGAGUCGGGGGAGCCUUUGGCUAAACGUGAAAAGUCAGAGAACGAAGUAAUCCAGGUGAUCCAGGUGGGUUCUGUGGAAGACGGAUCCCACCCAGUAGUCGGUGUGGUUCAGCCAAGCGUACUACAGUCACUGCCGCAGCCCCCCCGGGACCACAGCGAGCACAUCCCUACCCCCUCGCCCAGCACUCCGACCAUCCGCCACUGCGGCGCCACAGGCAACAACUAUGCCCCAGUUUGA